UGUGGCUUACAGUUCCGUUGUGAGUGCGGAGAAUUCCGGUGAAGAGAGAACCAACGCCGAGCGAGCGAGUGUGCGUGUGAUCGGAGUGACAUGGGGACAAGAGAAGUGUACGAGCAGAAGCUAAGGACUGGAAAUUUGCACCACGAUCCUACCAUGAACCCUGGUCUCGGAUCCCCUCGUUGUCCUCGGUGUUUGUCUCUGUUAGACCCCAAUUCUGGAAAGGGUGAGUGGACAAUUACUUCAGUCUUGCACGAUGCCACUACCGUGGCUGGGUGUGGUCUUGGUGGAAUGCUUAGUGCAAUACAUGGUAUGAACACAGGGAUACCUUUCCUCCAAAAUCGUUUGAAGGGACCGAAGUGGCUUCCUUUUGUAGUUGGGCUCCCUCCACUCCUAGUAUAUUCAGGUGUCAGCGCUGCAUUUGGAGGUUAUGCACUUCCAAAGUUUGCUCAACUCUCAGUGACAUCCUAUUAUGCUGCCUCAAGUGCCUCACAUUAUGGGAUUUCUUUGCUCACUCGACAUGUCGAAGAGACUUAUACUUCCCGAACUCGGAAAGAGAGGAUCAGAUAAUUUCUUGCAGGUGCACCUACCAAGUUGUUGCCUCAAUGGAGAGGAUAUUAGAAGCAGUAGCAAGUAAAUGGUAUUGUGUUAUUUCAAGCUAGGUCUCUCUUGAACGCAAUUUCAGGAAGUAGUCACUUAUCUUCAACCUGGAUAUUGCUACAGUAUAAGAUCUUCAACACUGAAAUUUACAACUAAAGAUGGUAUCUCAGGGAGCUUUUCUUGCUUGAAAAAGUGAUUACAAACUAAAUCUAGCACUUAACAUGGGCUGCAAUGGGGAGGUGAGUGAAUAGGGAUGACCACUUUUUGAUCAUUAUGCAGACAUUACUCUUUUACUCCUCUGGAAUACAGUCUCUUACUGUUACUUGAGCAGUAAAUAAUUUUGGUUGAUUUUACAAAAUUGGUUUACAAAAAGCACAA